GUGACCAAUUAAGACCCUGGAGACUUUUUGGGAAGGAUGAAUAAAAUUGGACUCUGUCAUCGCUGAGUCAAUUCAUCUCAUUCACACUUAACCGUUUGGACCAUCGGAAACGAACUUACAUUUCUCAAACACUCUUACGCUCUUACUCGUAUAUAGUUGUUGUAAAGCCCCAGUUUAUUGAUCGAGUUGGAAACCGAUAUUCCAACAGCAAAUUCUACACGAAUAUGGCUGCUUCAUUCGUUCAAGAGAUCCUCCCUCCCUAUUUGGACUCAUCAUCCCAGCCACCUAACCUCUUCGAUGGAACCACCAGGUUGUACACCAAUUAUCAGUGUCCUUAUGCUCAGCGUGUUUGGAUUACAAGGAAUUACAAGGGUCUACAAAAUGAGAUAAAAUUGGUUCCAAUUGACCUUCAGAACAGGCCUGCUUGGUACAAGGAGAAAGUGUACCCUGAGAACAAGGUGCCCUCUUUGGAGCACAAAAACAAAAUUAUUGGAGAAAGUCUGGACCUGAUUAAGUAUAUUGACAGUAACUUUGAAGGUCCAUCUCUUUUACCAAGUGAUCCUGAGAAGCAGAAGUUUGCUGAAGAGUUGAUAGCCUAUAGUGACACAUUCAACAAACAAUUGUUUGGUUCAUUCAAGGGAAACCCGGAGAAAGAUGCAGCGGGCGCCCUUGACCAUAUAGAAAAAGCACUUGGCAAAUAUGAUGGACCUUUCUUCCUUGGAGAGUUUAGUCAGGUUGACAUUGUUUAUGCUCCAUUCUUUGAAAGGUUCCGCCCCUUCAUACUAGAAGUGUUUAAGUAUGACAUUGCAACAGGCAGGCCUAAUAUAGCAGCAUGGAUUGAGGAGUUGGAGAAGCUUGAUGUUUACAAAGUAACAAAAUGUGACAUCCCAAAGAUGAUUGAAUUUUUCAAGGCUCGCUUUCAGGUUCAGGCGUAAAAUGGAGAUUGAUUUCAUCCAUCUUUCAAGUGAUAAGAUAGUAUUUUCAUCAACAAGUGAUGCUGUUUACAAUUUGCUAUAGAUCUUAAACAUAUAUUGCAAUUUGCAAUGCGUGAUAAAAACAUCAUCCUUAUUGUUGAUGCGUGAUAAAAAACCCUACCUUUAUAGCUCACUCCAAUAAAAUUCUGGCUCUAAACUUUGAUGUAUGUUACGUUCGGCUAUUGUAUACUCCAUAAUAUAUAUGGAGUUGGCUUGUUUGUCGAUGUUCCCAUUGUGUCAUGGGAUAUUUUAGAAUCCCUUACUCUUGAACUGAAAUUUACUUUAUGAAAUUGGUUUGGAGGUUUGGUUUGAUAUUAGGUAAUUCUUUUAUACAUAUGUUUUUCUUAAAUAGUGUAAUACGAAGUAUAUUGUCCAUGGCCAUAUUAUACUUAUUGAAACACAAUCUAAUUUUCGUUUGUAAGUUGGUUCUUUCGC